CACUAUGAAAAUGAAGUUGCCACGACUGGAGGUCAGCAGUACUCUGCUGGGUUCAGACGAACCUAAGUCAACAUGGAACCCCAAAGGCCAGCCUGUAGAGGGUCAUCUCAGAACCUCCUUAAGAAUGAGGACGUGGAGUUCGUCCGAACUGGCUAUGGGAAGGAUAUGGUAAAAGUUCUCCAUAUUCAGCGCAACGGAAAAUACCACAGCAUUAAAGAGGUGGCAACUUCAGUGCAACUGACUCUGAGAUCCAAAAAAGAUUACGUGCAUGGAGAUAAUUCAGACAUCAUCCCCACAGACACCAUCAAGAACACAGUUCAUGUCUUGGCAAAGUUUAAAGGGAUCAAAAGCAUAGAAACUUUUGCAAUGAACAUCUGUGAUCAUUUCCUUUCUUCUUUUAACCAUGUCACCCGAGCUCAAGUCUAUGUGGAAGAAGUCCCUUGGAAGCGUUUUGAAAAGAAUGGAGUUAAGCAUGUCCAUGCAUUUAUUCACACUCCCACUGGAACGCACUUCUGUGAGGUUGAACAGAUGAGGGGUGGACCUCCAGUCAUUCAUUCUGGAAUCAAAGACCUCAAAGUCUUGAAAACGACCCAGUCUGGAUUCGAAGGAUUCAUCAAGGACCAGUUCACCACCCUCCCUGAGGUGAAGGACCGGUGUUUUGCGACUCGAGUGUACUGCAAAUGGCGCUAUCACCAGUGCAGAGACAUGGAUUUUGAUGCUACCUGGGAUACUGUUCGGGACAUUGUCCUGGAGAAAUUUGCUGGACCCUAUGACAAAGGCGAGUACUCACCCUCUGUCCAGAAGACCCUCUACGACAUCCAGGUGCACUCUUUGAGCCGGGUUCCUGAGAUAGAAGACAUGGAAAUCAGCCUGCCGAACAUGCACUACUUUAAUAUAGACAUGUCCAACAUGGGACUGAUCAACAAGGAAGAGGUCUUGCUACCAUUAGACAAUCCAUAUGGCAGAAUUACCGGGACGGUCAAGAGGAAGCUGGCUUCGAAGCUGUGACAUUGUAGCCACCACCACUGCAAGUCUACUCUCAGCUGAGGAAUUCCUUCAGCCUCUUGUGAUGCUGGAAAUCAUAGCAUGUAGCCAUGCAAAUGUUCAAGCUAGUGUGUUGAUUUAUAGUGUUAAUUUUCCUCCUGUAUGAAAAAGUUCUACUACUAGCUCAGCAAGGUGUUUUGUGGUUAGUAAUUAUGACAUACUUGGUGGAUACAGUUUACUUCACAAAUGCUGAGCAGUAUGAGAAUAGUCCUAAAUCAAUAUUUCCUUUUAGUUGUCUUGUGCCUUCCUAUCUUAGAGAAGUUUUAGAAUCAAUUUACUAAGAAAAUAAUCGUGAAUUAAGGCAUGUGUCAUAUCAAUUAAUUUGUGCACAAAUUUAAGAGUAAGUACUUUUUUCAACUUAGUGACGCUAAAACUUUGCUCUGGGCAAUGCAGAAAAUGUAAUGACGAAAUCCUAUCUUGAAAAUUAUCACCAUUGUGACUUCGAUUAGACUGAAUAUUUGAAUAUCUAAGAAUGCUCUAGUAUGUGUAUCACUGGGAGUUUAUUUCUAUUCUAAAAGUACUUUUGUAAUCGUAAUGUAUUGGUUUUAUGACUUUUAAAACUCUUAGAGAAUAUUUAGUAGACACUGAAAAAAAUAUAACUUGUUUUUCUUUGAAUAAUGCAUCACUUUGGCAAAAAGAACACAUUUAAUAAAUGCUAAAUCCAUACACCAGUCAGUGAGCAUCCAUAGAGAAAGAAGAUGAGAGACUCUAUAAAAAUGUCAGUAUUGGGGCACCUGGGUGGCUCAUUUGGUUGAGUGGCCAACUCUUGGUUUCAGCUCAGGUCAUGGUCUUGAGGUCCUGAGAUUAAGUCCUGCAUCUGGCUCCGUGCUCAGCAGGGAGUCUGCUUCAAUAUUCUCUCUCUCUCUCUCUCUCUUGCUCUCACUCUCGCUCUGCCCUGCUCCCUGUUUGCUUGUGCUCCAGCCAACUCUCUCUCUCCCAAAUAAAUAAAUACAUGUUUCAAAAAAUUUCAGUGAUGAUUUCUAGAUGGUGGGAUUAGGAGUGAUUUUUUUUUUUUUUUUGGCCAUGUGCUUUUCUGGAUCUUUCAAAUAUGAAGAGUUAUUACUUUUACGGAGAAAUAAAUAUAAUUGAUGAUUUAAAGGUGUGUACAGAUUUUACUGGUGAUUAUCUUUAUAUCAGUUGACUUAUACAACUACUGUAUAUAGAUAUAUACCGUAAAGCUUCAUAAACUCUAAUUUUUUUAUUUUCUUCUUAUUUUUUUAAAGAUAUUAUUUAUUAAUUUGAGAGAGAGAGAGUGAGCGAGAGAGAAAGCACGAGAUGA